UUAAAACCUCUCUGCGGCCGCCGGGAGCCCCAGCACGGCCGGUCCAGUCCGCUCCGCGCGGUGGCGGCAGGAGCUGGUGCUGAUUUCCGGGUUGUCGUCUUUGUGCACACGGCACACGGCUGGUGCGGAGCGCACAAACCCAACGUGUUACUGUUUACCUCCAGUGCGAGUUUGUGUUUCGGGUCAAAUGCAGCCACGCGUGGCUGCUCGUACCACCGGGGAUGUAUUUUGUAUGUUUUAUUAGCCCUGUUUGAGCGACCGAGCCUCGGCAGCACAAGGCCCAAGCCUGGCCCGGGUCAUCUGGCAGAUAUCGUCUUUGAGCAUCCUCCGAGAAAUUUAAGAACUAACCAGGGGUAGCAGCGUAGCUAGCCGGCUAAACCACCGUUUAAAGGGGAGGAGGAAGAAGAGGAGAUGAGUGCAGUUCUGGUUCUGAUGUUUCUCUUCGCCGUGAGUGGCGACUCAUUAGGCGCCGUUACAGACUGCAGCGGGUCCACGAUGGAAACCAACAGCGCGGUUCGUUUACUGUCCUCUGUCGUCGACGCCCAGAGAGCCGAGCAGAGCCGGAGGGAACACCUGGAGGCUCUGUUCAACAGAUAUGGAGAAAACGGCACCAUCUCUCUGGCCGGGUUAAAGCGCCUCCUUCAGAGCGUGGGGCUGGGUCGCAUGAGGACUGUUAUGGUGCAGCAUCACGAGCAACCCGGACACCAUCCCCACCACCACCACCACCACAAAGGCCACCACCAUCACCACCAUCCCCAUGAAAGCAAUUCUGAUCACCUAAAACAACUUUCACAGCCCCCGAAGUUUCCAGACACCCCCGACAACCACGACGGUGCCGUGGGAAAGAAAAGCGAGGAUCCAGAUAGUCGUCUAAACCUCUAUGACAAGAAAACCACAGUGGCGGCGGUGGCUCAGGAGGUCGGCACCACGGUGACAUACAGAGCUCAGCACGUGGUGAAACAGCAAGAUGGAAGCCAGGGGCGACCGUCAGGGGAACAAACGACCAGGAUCGCCGUCACUGAGAGCCAGACACAAGCAACCGCAAGCGGCGACAGCGAGCAUGACCGCGAUCAGGAUCGUCCCCACGGCCGCAGCCAGAACGGUUCAGAGUGUCUGAACGCCUCCUUCAUCCUCUCCUCACACGGGAUGUCUCAGGAGGCCGGCGUCACGCUCAGAGACUUCAGCUUUCUUUGCCCCGCCCUCCUCAACCAGAUCGAUGGAGGAGCGUGCGUGCUGCACGGAGACGCCUCGGCACACGGGGCGAGAGAGCAUAAGCAUCACAAGCAUGCUCACGGUCACCAUGGAGACCACAACCACUCAGACCACGACCACAGUGAGCACAUGGGCGGGGAGAACAGCAGAAACAUCACCACGGCGUGGGUCGGCGGGUUCCUCUCCAUCACCAUCAUCAGCCUGCUGUCUCUGCUCGGCGUCGUCCUCAUCCCGCUCAUGAACAAAGUUUUCUUCAAGUUCCUCCUCAGCUUCCUGGUGGCGCUGGCCGUGGGCACGCUGAGCGGCGACGCCUUCCUGCACCUCAUCCCCCACUCUCAGGGAGGCCACCAUCACCACCACGAAGAUGCAGCGAUGACGGGACACCAUCACCACCACGAAGAUGCAGCGAUGACGGGACACCAUCACGAGCAUGAGGAGAACCUGGACGCGGUGUGGAAGGGCCUGACGGCUCUGAGUGGCGUCUACUUCAUGUUUCUCAUCGAGCACUUCCUGACGCUCGGAAAGAUGUACAAGGACAAGAAACAGAAGAUCCAGAAGAAGUGUGAUCAGAACGAGAACGCGGAUCCAGAGAAACAUCCGGCGCUGGAGGAGAACCGCGUGAAGCCGAGUGAAGAUGUGGAGACUAACGGCGCCAGCACGUUUGGCGACCACUCGAGCAGCCUGCACGGCAGCAACGUGGCGGAGGAGGAGCAGGUGAUGCUGGCGCCGCAGGUGUCCUUCGUUUCGCCGCAGGCUUACGGCCGAGCGUCGGGGAGCGCCGCUAACUACACCGACGAGGACUGCGAGAACAAAUGCCACUCCCACUUCCAUGACACGGUUGGCCAGACGGACAGCAGGCACCACCACCACCACGACUACCAUCACAUCCUGCACCACCACCACUCUCAGAACCACCACCCGCACAGCCACUCCCACUCCUACUCGGAGCAGCACUUCCAGGAGGCCGGAGUGGCCACGCUGGCCUGGAUGGUCAUCAUGGGAGAUGGACUGCACAACUUCAGCGACGGCCUCGCUAUCGGCGCUGCGUUCAGUGAGGGUCUGUCCAGCGGUCUCAGCACGUCUGUGGCUGUUUUCUGCCACGAGCUGCCUCAUGAGCUGGGUGACUUUGCGGUGCUCCUGAAGGCCGGCAUGACGGUGCGUCAGGCCAUUCUUUACAACGUGCUGUCGGCCAUGAUGGCCUACCUGGGCAUGAUCACCGGGAUUUUGAUUGGACACUACGCCGAGAACAUCUCCACGUGGAUAUUCGCCCUCACAGCCGGGCUCUUCAUGUACGUGGCCCUGGUGGACAUGGUCCCCGAGAUGCUGCACAAUGACGCCGGCGACCACGGCUUCAGCCACUGGGGCUUCUUCCUCCUCCAGAACGCCGGCAUCCUGCUGGGCUUCUGCAUAAUGCUGCUAAUCGCCAUUUUUGAGCACAAAAUCCAGCUGGACCUGGGAUACUGAGAGGCAGUCCUGAGCUUCACGUGCAUUCCAGUACCGCCAUCAGAGUUGUAGUGUUUUUUUUAAUUGUUGUUGAUAGACGCCUUGAGUUAGUUUUUACUUGUGAAGCAGGAAAGCAGCAGCCCGUCUGCCGCUGAGGCGCCGACCUCGGCCGGCUGGAGGUCAGCUGUUCAAAAAGGGUUCAGAAAUAUUUUUUUAAGUUUUUUCUUUGUGUUAAACUUGUAGCUGUUUUUGUCUUUGUCAACAAACACGCACGACCAUCACAAGUGGGAAACACCUGGAGUCCUUCCAGGAUCGCCUGUCACCAGUUAUCGUUUCAUAUUUAUGAAGAAUUCAUGAAGGAGAAACUGUUGCUUUCAGCCGCCCGGAGCUCUUCUGACGAACCUGUUUUAUUCUGCUUUUGCUGCUUUUGUGUCUGUUUUUCUUCUUCUGCAGCUGAGUGAGCCCGAUCAGUGUUACAGUGUUAUCCUCUAACUGUUUUUCCGUUUCUCUGCGACGCUCUGGACAGAUUUCUUCGUCACAGGCUGAAAGUGAGAGUGACGUUCACGUUGCUUCAGUGUCUUCCUCUCACUCAGGUCAUCAGCCAGUGUCUGAAGCCGCAGUUUGAAAUCUGUCAGUUAAUUUUAAAUCCUGUGGGUUUAAUUAAUCUUUACAUUUAAAUAUUUGCCAACAAGUAACCGUUACACUGAGUUUUAAAGGUGUUUGCAGCCAGCUGAGUUGUGCUGGUUGUGAACACCUUUGUUUAGCUGAAGUUAAACUCUGGAACUCAUGUAAGGAAGUUGAACUUUCCGUUUCCUGUCAUCAGCUGGAAGUCCGUCCAGUUAAUGAGAAAUCUGCGACAUGUUACCUGAGCUCUCUACAGGAUGAAAUCACAGACAGGCUUCAGAUCUGAUAUAGAAAUUAGUGAGUAUAAAAUAAAUCUUUUGUUAAUCUACUAAAAUUUCUGACGUGUAAACGAUCCGCUCGUUCCUGUGGAGCCUGUUUUUAAAGAAAAGCAGUUUUUGUUCCUGUCGUCGAAACAGUCGGUUCAUGAAAAACUGAAAGGUGAUGAUUACAAUCAAAAAGGGGAAACUGAGCAGUCUGCUUUUUUUCAUUUAAAGUUCUGCUUUUUACAUUUAUUUGAUUGUCAAGAGUUAAUGUGGCAGCUCAAUGUAAAACAAAUAUUUCUAACAAGUCUCUGUUACGGCCUCGUGCUCCGGCUGAACGUGGACUCGUUUCGAAGCAUCUUGUUUUAAAGGUUCGCGGUUCGUUUUUCAGACGCUGCUCUGAGGUUUAGGUCAAAUCACGUUCUCCUCUUAAAAGAAAAAAAUCACCUCAAAGAAAAAGUUCAGACUCUCACUGUGCUCGUUACAUGUGGACCAUUAUGUGUGUAGUACUUCAAAAGUAUGCAGUUCAUUUGACUUCCUGUGAUGUUGAUUGUGAAGAUCGAGGAUCAUACAAGACGUGUUUAAAAAUAAAAAAAGAAGUGGUUUUAAAUUUGUGGGGAAAAGUACGGAAACCAAAAAAGCAGCGACUUCAUGUUUGUGUGUUUAAUGCUUCUGUUCAUGAAAGGUGGAUAAAAUCAUACAGAAAGGACAAAGAGCUCUGCGGUGACGGUUUCGUUCAGAUUUCAUGCUCUUCCAUGUUUGGCCUGUGAAAUCAUCAUUUUUACUUGUCUUCUGUAUUUUAUUUAAACAAAAAGUUCUUUUUUUUUCUGUUGUCGUUUCUGUAUCACUGAGAAACAACCAGCUCACACCUCAAAACCUCCUGGAGCUCGUCUGCACUCUGUAUCCUCAGUUACUGGUGAUUAAACAGAUGUAUAUUUAUGGUUCUGCAGAGCUGUUUCAACCUGUUUCUGUUAUUUUGUCCACCCCUGUCGCCGACCGCAGAGCCCUUCAGGCAUCUUUGAUGUCGACUUGCUGUGCUCUGACAUUCCUGAACACCAAUAAACUUGACACUUCACACCA